AACAAUUUAUUUUUGAGUUACUAUUACAUGAGACAUGCGGUCGAAAACAAAUCUAAAGUGAAAAACGGUAACCAUCUGGACAUUAACUAGAGAACCAACAGUGCAUUUAUCGUAAAUUAUAGAGCAUUCGAAGUUUAUCGGGGACUUUGUUUUCACAGUCACACUCGGGAUAUAACUGCAUUAUUGAAACCAAAAUGAAAAUAAGGCGUUGUCUUCAUUUUACCUGAGACAUUUACGAAGCAUAUCAGAGAAGAUUCAAAUGUAAUUAUCGUCCUGUGGAACUUAUUUCUGAUGAUAAAUGGAUCGACUCUGUUACUGCUCACGGGUGGGACACGAUUGAUUUACCAUGUAAACAGAUUGAUUAACACUUAUUUGCAGUCAUAGUUUUACUUCUUUGCAAAAGAAACCAUGAGCACAACAGUCCUAGCUUCAACAAUCUAAUUUAAUUGACAAUGGAUAAAUUACAUGUCCUUGGAAUGACAUGUGCUAGUAUGUUCACAUACAGUUUAAGAAAUAUUAAACCAAACAAAUAUCAAUGUCGUCUUCUUAACACAAGACAUGGCAAUCUUCUACAAGUCAAAAGAUAUAAACACUUGUGUAGAUUAACAAAGAAAAAAACAUCUUUCAUUUCUAGUGUGAAUAAAACUGGUGAUUUGACACACAAACUCAACUCCCAAAACUGGAACGUCAGGCCCAUGGCCACAUCUAUAAAUUGUCAACCCAAUUCUAGGUCAACUUCUUCACAAUCUAGGAUGUUUUCUUCAUCCCCAUGUUGUUUUAAUGAUAACAACGAUGACAAUAUACUAAAAGAUGAUCCGUAUUUAAAAGACCUACUAAAAGAAAUUCGAGAGGAUUUUUCUACAUAUUCUGGGAGUCCGACAAAUCAACCUGUUGCAGGUUCAGAAAAUAAAAUGAAAAAAAACAGUGACAAAAUCAUAGAUAAAAACAAAAGACAGGAGGAUGUUAGUAACAGUAGUUAUGAUAGUGACUCCUCAUCUUCCUCAAGUGAUAGUUCAAGUUCCGAAGAAGAGGAUGAUUUGACUUCAGAUUCGGAAGAGGAGGAGGAUUUUAUCUCGGAUACUGAACAUAGUGGUAAACUUUCACAAGAAAAACAGGCUACUGCAAAAGAACCUGACCUAGAUAUAGGGGGGUUCAUCAGUCUUGAUCCUGUGGAUGACUUCGAAGAAGUAGAAGAGUUUCCAGACACAUUCGAACCAGAAAAACAUCCAGACUGGGAAUCUCCAAUCGACCUCAAAAGGGGAGUGACAGGUGUCUUUGACAUUGAGGAACUAGUGGUUCUACUCAAGGCUGACAAUGCCAAAGAUGUAUGUGUGCUGCGCAUGCCGGAUCACCUGAAGCUGGGAGAUUACAUUGUCAUUGUAACUGCCUGGUCUUACCGCCACAUGAAAGCCAUAACCAAAAACGUUAUAUCAACUUAUAAAUUAAAGAAAAACCCAUCUGACAAGUACCCUUUGGUUUCUGGAGUAGAUGAUGGACAAUGGACUGCCUUUGAUCUAGGCAACAUUAUCCUACACGUAUUUAAAGAAGAGGUACGAGAGAUGUACGACCUUGAAACUCUCUGGGCUGUUGGGCCUAAGUACGAUGAGAAAAGUCAAGAGACUGUUAAUCCGUAUAUACUGGAAGACACGGAUAUGAAUUGGCUUCGGGAAUUUUACGAAGAAAAGGAAGAAAAAUAGAGAAGAGACUUGAUGAGAUAAGAAAGACGAGUACUAGAAGAUGGAAGCCAUUAAGCUAUGCAACCACAUGCUCAAAAUUUUCUGAGGAUCACUUAUUUUUCAAAACUGACUUAUCAUUUGUUCAGUAUUAAAGCAGUAACAAACAAUUUUUCAGUGAUUCACUACCAUAUUCGACCUAAUAAGCACAUCUGCCCAUAUAGGUACAACCCCACCUUUUUCAGGAAAGAGGAUGUUUGUGCUAAUUGAAACAUAUGAAAAGUUCCUUACCUACUAAUGACAAGGAUCUUUUUAUACAGUCUUUUAACGAAAGGCUGUGGACAUGUUUUUCCUUCAUAAAGAGAUGUAAAUAACAAAAUGGUUUUUUUUACAUCCAGAUUUCUCUUGGAAACUUUUCCGGUAUUUUGUUAUAGUAAGUGCAUCCUUUUGUCUUUACAUAAGUACACAGUGUGUUUAUAAGGUUGAAUACUUUAUAUUUCACUUUCCAGCAAAAUGAAACAAAGAGACUACUGUGAUGAUAACUGUAUGCUAAAAAAUGGCAAUACAAUAAAUACCCAAUUAAGUAAUUUGUAAAAAUUUGAAUUAUAGUUACUGAUAUUUUGAUAAUGUAUGAUUCUUCAGAUAUUGGAACUUUGCAUCUUCUGAGCAUGAAAGAUUCCUUGUAGCCCAACGUGAAAACAGCCAAAAAAAAGUUUAGACUGGCAAAAUUGACACCUAUUUUAGACAAAUCUCUGCUUUUCUCAAAUAUUUCUUGUGAUUUCACUCUAUUGA